CCGGCACCACAAACUCACCACACAUACACACAUACACACACACACACACACAGAUCCAGUGGCUGCUCUGUAUCUCUCACACUCACCCACUCUCAUCAUUUUCCUCUCUCUCUCUCUCCCUCUCUGUCUUGCUCUCUCUGUCUCUCACUCCAUUCCUCUGGGCUCUGCAUCCUUCUUGCUUCUUCUCCUUCUCACAAGUCAGACUGUUUGUAAGUACGCGCUGAAUGUCUCCCCGUGCAUGCUUGGCUUUUCCACUGGUCUUUUUUCUAUGUGCGAGUGACUGCUUGCCUACUUCAGUGUGACUGAGUGGAGCAGUGAGGUGUAUCAAGUGUAUGUGGGUCUCUGUCUCACCCUCACACACUCGCCGCUCCUCCUGCAACUCUACUUGGGAUCUCUGGGUCCCUUUCCUCGGUGACAGGCUCCCCACACCAAGCAGUCACCAUUUCCGCCCCCGGGAGACCCACGCUGGCAGCACAGCCCCUUCCCCGACUCAGCAUCGGGAGGAAGACCCUGGUGGCGGCUGCUGUAGGGGUUAUGCUGGUCCUGGUGCUGGUGGUGCUCAUCCCCGUGCUCGUCAGCUCCGUGGGUACAGAUGCCAGCCACUAUGAGAUGCUGGGCACCUGUCGUAUGGUGUGCGACCCCUACCUGAACAAGGGCACUCCAGCCAGCAGCACCAGCUCCACAGGUCUUCAGGCGGAGGCAGAGGCGCUGAGCGACCACAGCAACGUGCUUCCUCCCUCCACCUUACUGCAGGGCCCACAGGGGAAGCCUGGCAGGCCAGGCAAGCCCGGACCACCCGGACCUCCAGGGGAACCGGGGCCACCAGGACCAGCUGGGCCUCCUGGUGACAGAGGGGAUCAAGGAAGGACUGGGAUUUUGGGUCUGGGGGGUAACGGAGCUAUCAGCACGGCCACCUACAGCACGGUGCCUCGGGUGGCCUUCUAUGCAGGGCUUAAAAACCCCCACGAAGGCUACGAGAUCCUCAAGUUUGACGACGUGGUCACCAACCUGGGCAACAACUACGAUGGCAUUUCGGGCAAGUUCAUCUGCAGCAUACCGGGUACAUAUUUCUUCAUCUACCAUGUGCUGAUGAGAGGAGGGGACGGCACCAGCAUGUGGGCAGACCUCUGCAAGAACGGCCAGGUUCGUGCCAGUGCCAUUGCCCAAGAUGCUGACCAGAACUACGACUAUGCCUCCAACAGCGUCAUCCUCCAUCUGGAUGCAGGCGAUGAGGUUUACAUCAAACUGGACGGAGGCAAAGCCCACGGCGGCAACAACAACAAGUACAGCACCUUCUCUGGCUUCAUCCUCUACGCAGACUGAGAACAGACAGACGCAGAGACAGUCAGACAGGAAAGAGACUCAGAGAAAGAGUUGUACGAUGGGGGGGAGGGUGUGUGUUAAAAGCCGGAAUGCUUUCUAGUUUUCCUAAUUCUCUCCAUCAUCACGGACACCUCUGCUUCGUAUCCAUCAGCCAAAACAUCCAGGCUCUGUAGCCGAGCCUGGAUGCGAAGCUCCUGAGGACACAUUGAGAGGGGCUAGGCGGGGUGGGGGGGGCGUGGGAGGAGUGGGAUGUUGGGCGGAGGUGAGUCGGUUUCUCUGCACUCCUCGCCACAAUGCCGACAUGUCAGACGCUCCUCACUUUCAGUGUCUCUCCUUUUCAGCCCUGCUCCAUUGCACAGAAAUAUCAACAAAAAUGAAAAACCCUGCAAAAGCGGAUGAUCUCACUCUUCUCUCCACAGUGUCAGCGGUCAGCUGUACUCUCAGUGGACUGGAUUGACUGAAACUUGUAGUGUUGUUCCGUGCAAUUUUCCUUAGAUUGUGUUUUUAUUUUGUAGACAUGCAUAAUAUUCUACACAAAUGAGAUUUUAAAAAAAAGAGAAUAUAUUUGUCCCUUGUGAAGAUAUCCUGUUUGACUGACAGAUGUUUAUUGUGAUGCAGCUCAGAGAUCUAACAGCUGGGAAAGAAAUCUUUAAAUCAAGACUAAGUAUUUCAUGGCAGUGGGUGUUUUCCUUCAUCGCUGGGUACAGCAAGGUAACUAUAUAUUGUUCAUGUGGAGAAUAACAAUACAUUCUGCACCUCCAAUGUAUCUGAAAAAGGAAACAUCUUAAAUAGACAAGACCCUUUCUGCAAGUCACCUUACACUCCUUCUCACAUUGUCACACAAUGUCCUGCGGCUCUUUGGAUUACAGUUCAAAUAAUCUUUUUCAAUGUUCUAGCUUAAUGUAGAUGCUCUACUCGGCACAACCAGCCAUGUGAUGAAGCAAAUCCUUACAUUCAGAGGUUGAAGAGCGUCGAUCCUCUCUUCUUCUCUGCUGUGCCACCCUCCAAGCUUUCUUUGCGCUGUUAAAAAAAAAAGAAAAAAAGAAAAAGUGGCUUUUUAAACAAAGGUUGAGGGAGAGAAAGUCACAAACACAGCGAGGGAAGGAGUCAGGAUGGAGGAAGAUGGGGAGGUAGGGGAGGCGUUCAAGCACAGUAACAGUGAGUGGGCAAUUUCUUUUGUGUGUUUCGGUGUCUCUGAGCUUCACUGGAUGUCAUCCAUUCAUUAGCUGCAUAUUCAAUGACACACAGACAUUAUGGUAAUAUUUACUCAACAUGGCGGCCUGACAGCUUGCUUGAGAAUGAAACUGAUUGGGUGACUGACUUGGCCCUAUUAUGACUGCACGUCUGAGUGUGUGUGUGUCUGUGUGUGCGUGUAUGUAUCUGUGCAUACCAGUGAGUGUCUGCAUUUUAGCAUGUGCCGUGCCAUAACUACAUCGUUCCUUUUCAGAGUAAUUCUGUGCUACAGCCAAUGACAGAUAUUUUACUCAGCAGCCAAUGAGAUUGUGCUCUGUAGGGUGGAGCCUCUAUAGAUAUGAUGAGAGGAACAAACAGCUUGUAAUUGAAAUCUAUGACUUGUUUGUCUAUCUUAUCUUUUGGAAUUGUUGAAUACAUUUAAAUAAUAAAUGGGAUUUUUUUGAGUGA